GGCCUCUGCACCAACGUUACCGCGGCGCGCAGUCAGCAGCGUUGUGUGACUAAUUUAUUUGUCAUAUCCAUCUUACACUCACAUCAUACUCGACGAUCCUAGACAGCCACAGCGAGCAUAGUGCGGCAGUCGCCUUCAGCGCAACAUCCCUAGCUAAGAUGGGCUCGCAGCAACCGCAGAAGGCGCAGGCCUUGCCCAACCCAUAUGGCCUUCCAAAUCCAUACGUCCAGACGAGCCUGCCGAAUCCGUAUGUCGCAGCUACUGUUGCCUCGUCUGCGCCUGUCAAGUUCACAGAAGAGCAGGCAAAAGCCGAGCAGCAGAAGAAAGCACCUGGUAUCUACUUGACGAGCUCCAUACCAUGUCUUUGAACCACGACUCAUAAGCAUUUACAGCUUUUCACAACCCACACCAAAUCAAGCGCCCGCAGGCCAAGAAAGCCGGCACUGUCAAAAAGCCCCUCAUGCCCGUGGUUUCCUCUUCAGCUUCCACGACGAGCUCCUCGGACCCAGCACCAGCUCCAGGUUCGAAAGCGGAACAACAUGGCAUAGAUUGGUAUCGAAGCACAGCGGAUGACGAUGCAGCUAUCUUGGAGGAGAGGCGGCAGCGUCAAUACGAGGAGGCUCAAAGAAAGAAACAAAUGAAGAAGUUCCAAAAGCAAUUCGGGUAUUGGAACCCAACCGCUCCACACAAGCCUGAACGCUGGUCAAAUCUGAAGGCAUACCGAGCAAGUGGAGGGUAUAGGCGUAAACAGGAGGGAUUUAACGACUUCCUGCGAUCAGCUGCUCGCCAGUCUGAGCGCCCCAGAGAGGAGAGCGAGGGCGUCAAUGUCUCAAGGCCUAUCUCAUCCUCGGGCUCGACUUCCCCGCUGCCCUUGUUCGCACAGAAGCCCAGCUUUGCACCACCACCGUCCUACGAUCCACGUACCGCAAGUUCUGAGCAAGACGAUGAAACCCCUUACACGCGCCGCAUGCGUCUCUCGCAACAGCAAUCGAACGAAGCGCCACCUCCACCCUUCGAGCCUCAGCCACGUAGCUUUCCUCCACCACCUACUGUAUCAGACGACGUGCCUCCGCCUCCACCUCCGCCAGUGCCAACCACGGGUGCCCCAGUAACAAUCACAACCUCUAUUAUCUACGAAAAUGCCACAAUUUCAGCACCGCCUGUUCGUUACGCCAAUGCCACGAUCUCUGCACCCCCGGUACGAUACGAGCAGCCACCGCCACAGCCCUUGAACGAGGAACCAGAGUACUCUGAGCGUCCCGCCAAACGGCCCAAGAUAAGCAAGGCCGAGGCUAUGAUGGCGAAGAUGGGUUACGUCAAGGGGCAGGGUCUGGGCAAGAACAACGAUGGUGUUACAACCCAUCUGGAAGUCAAGAUCCGGAAACCUGCACCAGGUGGGCAAUCGAGCAUGUUCGACGACGGCGAAGGCAACAAGGUCAAGAGCGCGCAAGUCUGGGACGUACGUGGUGGCGAGAGGAAGAAGGACGAGCCAGGCAAGUUUGGAGAGGAGAGCUCCGUCGUCGUUACAUGGGGCUGCGUGGAAGGGGUUGAUUGGGGAAAGAAUGCGGAGAGAGAUGAUGGAGGCAUCAGGCAGGAAAUGGGAGAGAUCUUCAGCACAAAGUUUGGCCCCGUCGAGAGGUUACAUGUCGACGAGUCGAAUGCUGAAGGAGUGGUUUACAUACACUUCAAGUCGGUGCUGAGUGCGCUCAACGCUGUUAAUCGAUUUGACGAAGGUUUCCAGUACAGAGGUAGGAACAUUCGCGCACGCUACUACGACGAGCGCAAAUUUCACGCUGGCACAUACGACCAUUGAUAGCAACGCUACUCUGAUCAGCUAGAUCUGUACGAUUCCUAGGAUGGCCAAGUCUCUGAAAGCCGUUUGUAACAGUCACACAACUAGCGCCUGCCGGAAAUAGCUAUGCCUCACCUUCACUGUACACGUGUUACCAUCCUUCUAUGCUUGAAGCCUUCUUCUUCACCUAGGCCCUUCCCAGUCACGUUACUCAUCCUGCCAUGUCUGGCCUUAGCUCAUAGACAACGAAAUAUGCCUCACUUCGCUCUUGCCGCAAGAAGCACACUGAAGAUCCUGACAUUGAUGUCAAACCAGGCAGCAUCAUCCAGGGCUUGCUCGAUUGGCAGCCCAAAUUCUCGAGGUUUCAGUGGUGGACAAGGCG